ACCUUUUUCGUAUUCUUACAAGAUUUGUACAUAGACCGAAGCAUUGAUACACUCAUUUCAUACUGGAUAAACCAGUAAAAUAUACCUAUUUGAAUACAAGAAGAAAUAUAUCUUGAUCUUUUUAGAUACACAGUACCACCAACGAAGAUGUCAACGAAAAAUUAUAGUAAAAACUAUAUAAGUCAAGAACAGGAUGAUCAUUCUACAGCAACAAAGCAAAAGACGCUAUUACAGAAAAAUAGAACGAUUCUUGCAGCGUCAGGUGCAGCCUGGACAUCUGUAUUGGCAGGUUUUCCUUUUGACUCUAUCAAAACUCGUAUGCAAACUCAUUAUUAUUCAUCGAUCAUGUCUUGUGUUAGGAAAACAUAUGCUGAGGAAGGUACACGAGGCUUCUUCCGAGGCAUGAUCCCGCCUUUAGUAACAGUCAGUAUCAUCAAGUCUGUCUCCUUUUCUGUAUACGAAGAAACAAAAAAGAAUCUCUUGAGCGCACCCAAGUCGAACUUCCGAUACGAUACCUUGGGUUCCGUGAUGACCGUCUCUUCUCUCAGCGGCGGCGUAAGUGGAGCCUUUAUUGCGCUACUGAGCUGCCCUUUAGAAUUAGUAAAAAUACAGCGCCAAUUAGAGCUGGUCAUGUUGAGAGAAAUGCAGCAUAACAUAAAUCAAUCCACCACCUCAGUAACAACGUCAACAGCGAUAGAUCAAAGACAGCAGGCAUCGAGCUGGAAAGCAGUGAAAAAGAUAGUACAAAGGAAAGGCAUUUUUGGGUUAUGGAACGGAUUAGCAUGUCAUUCAGGUAAAACUAAAAACUCUGUUCCAGCUGGCAUCUUGGUGACAGAAAUUGGCCGUACUAACUAUGUCGUGCAAUUUGCUAUACAAUAGCAAGAGAUGCGUUAGGAACAAGUCUCUAUUUCGGUGGCUAUGAAACAAUGAAGCGGAUAUUAUCAACCACCUCUUCUCCUUUCGGUAAUAACAGCUACAUUUCAGGACCCAUCACCCACUUUUUAUCAGGUGGGUUUUGUGGCAUACUAAGCUGGUUAAUUGUAUUUCCUGUGGAUGCUGUGAAAACAAAUUUGCAGAAGGAUAUUCUAAACCCUAAACCUAAGUACAGCGGAUUUGUGAAUUGUGCUAUUACUUUGGUCAAAAAGAAAGGCGUCAGAAGCCUUUACCGUGGUCUGAACGUCACGUUGCUGCGGGCAUUUCCUAUACAUUCACUCAACUUUUUAGUCUACGAGCAGGUUCUCAAAUCAAUACCGCCCUAGUCAACAGAAGAACUCCGGUAACCCACCCUUAUUUAUGCUAUUGAACAAUAUUGUUAUAUUUAUUUUUACAAUAUGUAAUAAA